AUGGCCCCCUACAGCCCCCCAACCCCCAACCUGACCCCAACCCUCUCGUACAAGAGCGUGACGAAGCCCGAUCGUCCGUCCGGAGUGACACCGGAAAACUAUAUCGAGCAAUAUACCCAGCGAGAGUACAAUGGGACACGUUGUACUCUGUGUGUCGAAGAGGAGGCGCUGGCCGUCCCUCUGUUGGUCCCUCCGCGGAUGCGAGCGAACAAGCAAGGAAGCACGUUCUGUAGUCACAUCUACACGCCUAAGCGCAGCGCCGUGUUCUACUGGAAUCCGAACGGAAGCACAUUCGUGAGACGAGUAGAUGGAAGUGCUGAGUACAAGGCCCCGAGUGGCUUCGUCAAGAAGUACGGUGUCGGCGCGUACGUCCAACCUGAGGGUAUGCCGUAUGUUCCCUACGGCGUACUUGGGUUCGGAGUAGUGCAAUCGCUGUCAGAGCGAUACUACGAAGAACUCUUUCAGCUAUGCCAUCCACUCGCCGGCACCGCCGACGAAGGGCUCCCGAAGUGA